GCACGCGCCCCAGGUAGACUUUUCCACAGGUGUACUCUGAGUAGUGCUCAACUUUGGAAGAAAGCAGACACACCAAAGGGAGGCACCAGACAUUUGGCAAACAUGUCGCUGUCGCUUUGGAAUGUUUCAGCGAGGAAAAUAUAAUGCGUGUUUAAAGUAGUUGUCGCCUUAAUUAGUUGCCUGCUGGAUUGGGUGAGCGCAACUCUCCGCGACGGACACUUAAAAUGGAUCCUCACCUCAGGAGACCUUGGCACGUUUUGCUUCUUAUUUGUGGUGUUUUAAGCGUCUUGCAUGGCUCCGCGGGGGAGAUCUCAUCUCAGCCCACGCUGGGCGGUGUUCCUGCUGGCGGUGGUGUCACGGUGGUGCCCCCGGUCCAGCCGGACGGGCCCCAAGCAUAUCCUGAGUCCGAAAAGGACAAUUUACCCGUUUUCACCAUGGACUACCUGAGAAUCCAAAUUCCCUUUGAGAUAACGCUCUGGGUGCUACUCGCCUCUUUUGCCAAGAUCGGCUUUCACGUGUACAACAAGAUCACCGUUUGGGUACCCGAGUCAUGCCUGCUGAUCAGCAUCGGCCUCAUUGUGGGCGCCAUUAUGCACUCCGUCAACGAGGAACCCCCCGCCGUGCUGACCAGCGACGUCUUUUUCCUCUACAUGCUGCCCCCGAUCGUCCUGGACUCGGGCUACUUCAUGCCCACCAGGCCUUUCUUUGAGAACAUCGGGACGGUGCUGUGGUUUGCAGUGGUGGGAACCCUGUGGAACAGCGUCGGUAUCGGCAUGUCACUGUUCGCCAUAUGCCAGAUCGAGGCGUUCGGAGUGCAGGACAUCAACCUGCAGGAGAAUCUGCUGUUCGCCGCCAUCAUCUCAGCAGUGGAUCCCGUGGCCGUGUUGAGCGUCUUCGAGGAUGUGUCGGUCAAUGAGCAGCUCUACAUCGUGGUGUUCGGAGAGUGUCUCUUCAACGACGCCGUCACUGUGGUGUUGUACAACAUGUUCAACUUCAUAGCGGAAAUGCCGGUGGUGGAACCGGUGGACGUGUUCCUGGGCAUGGCCCGUUUCUUUGUGGUGGGCUCGGGUGGCAUGGCCUUCGGCGUUUUGUUCGGCAUUGUGGCGGCCUUCACCACGAGGUUCACCUCCAAGGUGCGGGAGAUCGAGCCGCUCUUCAUCUUCAUGUACAGCUACCUGGCCUACCUGGUGGCGGAGCUCUUCGCCAUCUCGUCCAUCAUGGCCAUCGUGACGUGCGCACUCACCAUGAAGUACUAUGUGGAGGAAAACGUUUCUCAGCGCUCGUGCACCACCAUCCGCCACGUGGUCAAGAUGCUGGGUUCCAUCUCGGAAACGCUCAUCUUCUUCUUCCUGGGCGUGGUCACCAUAACGACAGAGCAUGAGUGGAACUGGGGCUACAUCCUCUUCACGCUGCUCUUUGCCUUUCUCUGGAGGGGUCUCGGUGUCUUCGUGCUGACUCAAAUCAUCAACCCCUUCCGUACCAUACCCUUCAACCUAAAGGAUCAGUUUGGUCUGGCAUAUGGUGGUCUUCGAGGGGCAAUUUCAUUCGCCUUGGCCUUCACUCUUCCGGUUAACAUCGGCCGCAAGCAGCUCUUUGUCACCGCCACCAUUGCCAUCAUCAUCUUUACCGUUUUUAUACAGGGCAUCAGCAUCCGGCCUUUGAUCGAGUUCAUUAACGUGCGCAGAACCAAUCGUAAUCUGGACACCAUCAACGGUGAAAUUCAUUGCAGGCUGAUGGAACACACCGUCGCUGGCAUCGAGGACCUGUGUGGACAGUGGAGUCACUUUUACUGGAAGGACAAGUUCAUGAAGUUCAACACUCGCAUCCUGCGCCGAAUCCUGAUCCGGGACAACCGUGCGGAGUCGAGCAUUGUGGCGCUGUACAAGAAGCUGGAGCUGCAGAACGCCAUGGAGAUCCUGGACACAGUGUCGGGAGACAUCAGUGCCGCGCCAUCCAUCGUCUCGCUGCAUGAGGAGAAGAAAGGAGUUGCUAAGCCUAAGAAGAAAUUCCUGGCUGCUGACCUGAGGAGCAUGCAUGACAUUCUGGCUAAGAACAUGUACAAGAUCAGACAAAGGACGACGUCAUACACCAGCAAGCACGCGCUGCCCAACGACAGUCGCGCCAAAGAGAUUCUCAUCCGACGUCACUCCAGCAUCCGACGCAGCCUCCGCUCGGGAAGCUUCCAGACGCCGGUGGUGCCCAAAUCGCACAAGUACUUCUCACUUCCUGCUGGGAAGAACCUGGACUCUAAUUUCCCACCUAUGAGGCAGAGUGACACUGAUAAUCACGAAACCAUGUCGGAGUUGUCGUUCCCUGCCAGACGUUCCCACUUCGCCCCGCCCUCACGCUCCUCGUCCAAGGCGAGAUUUCCUCUGCACCGGCUGAACACGUUGGAGGAAGCUCCCUCCGUGGACCUCCUGGAUGAAAGACGGCCCCGGAGAGGUCUACCCAGAACACAUUCUUCUGCUGUUGAGCCUCGCCGCAACGCAGACCCAUCAGAAAAGGUAAACGACAAUGACGGCUCAACUGUGGUCGCUGCCUGGGCUGCAGAACCUCGAGAGGACACCACGAGGAACCCACUGCUAAGGAGGCCCCAAUGGAAACCCCCAAAGUGAAGAGGUCAACACAUGCAACAUAAAAGCUUUACAGUUUGGCCAUUUUGUUUCUUUUUCAAGAACUGCAAGUACGCAGCUUAAACUGAGAGGACAGUCAACAAUGGACGAUGUGGGCCCAUCUUUAAAAGUUUAGGAAUAUUACCUGUAGCAUUUUGAAUGUAAAUUUUUAAGGUGACUAUUGUUUUCUUUUUUACAUACAAAUAUAUAUAUACCAGUAAAUAUUGUUUUUAAUUCAUG